CGGCUCCACACGCGCACGCAGGAGGCGGACCGCGCCGGCGCUGAGUAGGAAGAAGGUCGACCGCUUGCCCGAGAGCGCAAAGCUCUUGAAAAGUACAAGUCUAAAGCAAACCAGUAAAUUCUCAACAAGACUGGAACCAUGAGCAGUAAUGGAACAGACCUAACCCUUGGCUACAUCUCCUCUUUUGUAGCUGUCCUUUUGUUUGGCUCAAAUUUUGCACCACUUAAAAAAUACGAUACUGGUGAUGGAAUGUUUCUCCAAUGGGUCCUUUGUGCUGCCAUAUGGUCAGUUGCCUUGGUGGUCAAUCUGAUACUACAUUGCCCCAAAUUUUGGCCUUUUGCAAUGCUUGGGGGCUGCAUUUGGGCAACAGGGAACAUUGCUGUUGUCCCUAUUAUCAAAACCAUUGGUUUAGGCCUCGGAAUCUUAAUCUGGGGAUCAUUUAAUGCCUUAACUGGCUGGGCAAGCUCAAGGUUUGGCUGGUUUGGAUUGGAUGCAGAAGAAGUAUCAAAACCGGUGCUAAAUUACAUUGGAGCUGGACUCUCAGUAGUGAGUGCUUUCAUAUUUUUGUUCAUCAAAAGUGAAAUACCAAAUAACACGUGUUCCGUGGAUACUACACCAUUAAUAACAGAGCAUGUAAUCAACAAAACUCCAGAUUCCUGUUCCUGGGUGGAUAAACUUUCUACUGUACAUCACCGCAUAGUGGGCUGCAGUCUUGCAGUGAUAUCUGGAAUACUUUAUGGAUCUACAUUUGUGCCAAUCAUUUACAUCAAGGACCACAGCAAAAGAAAUGACAGUAUUUAUGCAGGGGCAAGCCAGUAUGAUUUAGACUAUGUUUUUGCACACUUCAGCGGCAUCUUCAUCACAAGUACAGUCUACUUUCUAGCCUACUGUAUAGCCAUGAAAAAUAGUCCUAAACUGUAUCCUGAAGCAGUCUUACCAGGAUUCCUGUCAGGAGUACUCUGGGCAAUCGCUACCUGUUGUUGGUUCAUAGCUAAUCACUCUCUAAGCGCUGUGGUCAGUUUUCCCAUAAUCACUGCUGGUCCAGGAUUUAUAGCUGCAAUGUGGGGUGUCUUCAUGUUUAAGGAAAUACAGGGUCUACAAAACUACCUGUUAAUUAUACUUGCAUUUUGCAUCAUCUUGACUGGAGCAUUAUGUACUGCUUUUUCUAAAGUCUAAUAGUCAUCAGACCAGCUGGUGGCAGCAGCAGUUAAGAGAACGCCUCCACUGGACACACAAGCAUGUAUGCUGAGAAAAGAGUUCAUGUUCUUACAACCAAUGGAUCUCUACCACUCUUGGAACACAUUCCUGUGGUAUAAUUUGGUAGUAUUCCAGGUUGUACUUCAGUGUUCACCUGACACACUUUUAUACUGCUCCUGAAGUGAAUGAUGGCUAGACCCACCAAACAGAUUUAAUGGCAUCACCCCUCUGCAAACUCUGAUUCAAGAAGUAUAUUCAUAAAACUACCAUGGAUAUCACAUGAAAUUACCAUAUGAAAUUAUCUGGGAUAAUUUUAAAGAUAAACAAGGAAUGCUCAUAUACUUUGGGUGGAAGUGUAAAUUAGUUCAUCCUCUUUGAAAAAGAACGUGGAGAUUUCUUGAAGAAUUAAAAUAGAACUAUCUUUUGACCCAGCAAACCCACUACUAGACAUCUAUACAAAGGAAAAAUCACUAUGUAAAAAUAAAUAAAUAAAUAAAACUUAUUUCCUUCUC